CAAAGAACGAGCACAACAGGAGAUACGCCAGUACAUUGACACGCAAACAUUUUCUGAUCAUUUACGAGCCAAGGUAUGAAACAGUAACAGGAUACAUUACAAUCAUACAUUGACACAAGCUAUUUCACUUUUUUAACAUUGUUAUUGGGCAGUAGUUAACAUAUAUAAAAUAAAAUUAGGACUCAAAUAUUUUGCGGCUCAGGCAAUCUAAUUCACUUUCAAUAUGUCAGUAGAUGCCAUGUCCUCCAAAAAGAUGUCAGAUAUUGAAGAGCGUCCGGGAUCGGCUGAUACGAUGGUGUUGAUUUUGAAGCCUCAUAAAGAGGACUACAAACUCGUUUCGCCUCAGUUUCCAGGAACCAAAAACGAGCAGCAGGCCUACAGGAAAAAUAGAGUGAUCCAAAUGCAGUUGAACACAUACCUGAACGAGGUCAGCCUGCAGGAAAAGCGUUCUGCCAGCAUCUUUAAGACAGAGAAGCGAAGAUUUCUUCAAAAAUUUUCAAAACGACCCAGUACUCCAGCAUCAGUUCAAAUGAUUGAACAGUUCAAGAAGUUAAGACAAAAGAAAUUUCCCACAACUUUGAGAGGUGCUCAAGAAAUUCAGACUACAAAAAGAAAGGAACAAUUGGAUCUUAUUGCAGAACUUCAAAAGCAUCAAAAGUAUCUUCAAGACAAAGUGAAACGUUUUGUUUUGUUUCCAGAGGAUAACCAAAAGCCGUCUGCUUCUUCACAAAACCGGAAUGGAAUGAUUGACAACAAAUUUAGUUCCACGAAUAAACCUUUAACCAUGUCGGCGUUGGAAUCAAAGGAUAAAUUUCCUUCCAUCAAAAGAAACUGCGAAGAUGACACAAAACAAUGGAAAGAUUUAAACCUAGAAAAACCAAGCUUAGUCUUUCCAAAUAUUACUACUAGCCAGAGAAAGAUCACCAACAUGGAAACGUUUGGAACUCUUUUGAAUAAAGCAACGAAUGAUCUAAGUCGUUUUGUGUUUAAGAGUUCUAGCUGGGAUACACAAUCAAAUGACAUCCUAGAAGUUAAAUCAAAGGGAAAACUUCAAAGUGUUUCUACAAGAAAGUUCACCUUAGGUUCAAGGCCUUUAGUAAGAUCCAAAACGACAUCUAUACAAGAGAACAAGACACACAGAGAGUGAAUUAGAUUUAGUAGAGAAUCUCAAAUGAGUAUCUCUACUUUUUUUUUUAAAGGAAACCUCAGAAUUUGCGUUAUUCUAUUUUAGCUUUAUCAUCAUACUAUAUUCUGUGUUUUGUAAAUUAAAUAUCUUUGAGUAUCGACAUUUUAUGUCAACAAAAAAAGUAUAUUUUUUGGUGAUUCGUGAUCUAAAUAAAAGGGAAGCAAAUUUGCAUAUUAUUGCAGACUAAUUCGUUAACUGACAGUAAUCGAAUAAAUCAAUCUAC